AUGAGUAAUAAGCUAGAUCCUGAUUUCUUAAAAGCUGAUUCUGGAAAUCUUCCAAAAGUGAAUAUUUUUAUGGUUUUAAAUUACAUAAAAAAUGAUGACAAUUUCAAUGAUCCUGAAGUCCGAAAUGCAAAAAUGAAUGAAUCUUCAAGAGAAAAUUACGGAGAUGCUGCUAUGGGUUAUGUUUGCUUGAAACGAGACGGAGCUUUAUGUAUAUUAAAAGCCUCAAUUUGUCCUGAACACAAGGUUCGUGAUACGCCGUACAAAGUUACUUUGAUAGUUAACGAAAAAAGUAAUACUGUUAACACGGUAGAGUGUGAAGAUUGCCCCGCAUCCCUUGGUGGCUGUAAGCAUGCGAUUGCACUUUUGAUGUGGGUCAAUAGACGGACUGAAGAACCUGCUCCAACAGAAGUUAAAUGUUAUUGGAAAAAGUCCAAUUUAGCUAAAGUGACAACUACAAAUAAGUAUGUUGCAGCAGUUGAUUUGUUUGAAGUAACUGAAAUAGCCCAGAAAAAAAAUAUUGAUAGUCAGAUUACUCGACAUUUAUUUGAUAUAAAUAGUAAUAACCAUAUCAAAGCUGUAUCAUUGCAUCAACUUAUGAUUUUGUUUAAUGAAAUGAAAAUGAAUGAAGCAGAUGAAUUCCUAAAAUUUGCUGAAAAGAAAAUUGAAAAAUUAAUGAUAGUAGAGGUGGAAAAAGCAACAAAGAGUCAAAGUGAUGAUCCGUUAUGGUAUGAAUGUAGGUAUGGACGAAUAACUGCAUCAUUAAUUUAUGAAGCUGCUCAUUGCCGUACAGCCGACGGAUCAUUGGUGAAAAAAAUCAUUGGAGCUGCUAAAGUUUUUCUCUCACAAGCCAUGCAGAGAGGCAAAGAUUUGGAAAAGCAGGUAUUGCUUAAAGUGAAAAAAAAGAAAAACAUAAGUUGUAGAAGCUGCGGAUUAUAUUUAUUGUCGUCGUGCCCUGUUAUUGGAGCCUCGCCAGAUGCUGUUGGAUCAGAUUUCAUCGUAGAAAUAAAAUGCCCUUCUUCAACUGAUAAUAUCAAAACUUAUUUGUCAAAAGGUGUCAUAAGUGAAAAAUGUAAAGCACAAAUGUUUACACAAAUGUUGUGUGCGAACAAAAGGAAAGGUUUAUUUUGUGUAGCAGAUCCUCUUUUUGAACAGAAUAAAAAAGUAACUACAGUUUGGUUGACAUAUGAUGAUAAAUUUACUGGAACUAUAGAAAAAGCAACUGAAUUUUGGAAGAAAUAUAUUUUCCCUCGACUGAUGACAUCUGUAUCCUGA